AUGGAAGCAAAUCAGAGCCCUUAUCUGGGGUUCACCUUGUGUUUUCCAGGUUGUUUGUCUCUGAAGGGACCUGGGUACGUGAAUGGCGUGGAGGGGACCACUCUGAGUGUGAAGUGUCGGUAUGAUCAGGGAUACAGAGGGUAUGCAAAAUACUGGUGCCAGGGAGAGGAUGACAUCAACUGUAAAAGUAUUGUGGGGACCGAUGGAGGAGAAAGAGUAAGGUGGAACGGCCGUGUGUCCAUCAAAGACCAUACAGACGACUUCACUAUGACAGUCACCAUAUAUGAUCUCCGACAAUACGAUGCUGGAAUUUACUGGUGCAAAAUUCAGACAGUGUUUAUCUGGGACUCGUGGUCACGUGACCCUUCGGAGCAGGUGAAGGUGUAUGUUACCAAAGCAACAACUACCACCCCACUUCCACUCACCACUCCCAUCUUGCCACUGGUGCUCACCGGGCAGAACAUCAGCACCGAGAUGUCAACCCUCUACUCAUGGUCUCUGCUCAGCAGCCUCCACUUUCUGCUCCUGGUCUUCCUGAAGCUGCCCCUAUUUCUGAGCAUGCUCUGUGCUGUCUUCUGGGUGAACAGACCUCAGAGGGCUGUUGGGGAACCAUAGAGCCAGCCUGUAGAGAGGUCCUGCGGUGUACCGCCCUCGGAGUGCCCUGUGCCCAGAUGCGGCCCUUCAGACUGGACCUGAGAGAUCUUUGGUGCUGGAGCACCUGGAAGGGAGGCAGCACAGACUGGUUCUGGAGGGCCUUCUUGUUUCUGUGCCUCAAAAGAGGCUCCUGGAUCCUAGAAGACACUCCUCUGGUGUCCUCAGCUCCUGGAUCCUAGAAAACACUCCUCUGGUGGCCUCAACAUGGAAAAAGGAAUAAGGUUUCCUGGCCCAGGCCUGGGGUUCCUUUCUCCUUCCCAGGCUCCCUGGCUCUCUGUCCUCAUGCCCACCCUGCUGGGGGAAAGAAAAAAGUCUCUGAAGAAUAAAAAAUAACCACGUGCUCACGAGCAUGCGCCAUUGAUCUUCCCCUAGACACAAGAGCCUCUCAGGCCAGUGUCUUCUGGGCCAGUCUUCAACGCCUUCCUUUGCGUCAGACUCAGGUGUUGUGUCCUGGAGACCAUAGGGAACCUCUGGAUGUUUUACACUUUUCCAACUUUUACGUUGAGAUAGUUAAGAGCUUAACACUGUGUGUAGAGUACACGGAGCCCUGAGAUGCAUUCUCCAGCUUCCUCCCUGGUGACAUGUUGUGUAGCUGCUGUGUAAUGUUGAACUAGGGAGUAGGCAUGGGGACCAUACCGUUGGCUAGACCAUGACUGCUAGGGUUUGGACCUUAGGUGUUCUCCAAAAACUCAUCUGUUGAAGGCUUGGUUCAGAGGUAGAGACUUGGGGAGGUGACUGGGAUCACCAAAGGUCCUGAUUUGAACACUGAUGAGUCCCCUUAUGGAUUCUUGGGGAGGGAGCUUUGUGAUAAAACUGAGCUUCUUGCUAAUUCCCCAUUGCCAUGAGGGGAGCAGCUUCCCUGGCCUUACACUUCCGUGGGGAGGAACUACCUACCUCAGGUAGGAACUACCUACCUUAAUGGCCCAGUGACCAUGGCCUGAAACUCUGGGAACGUAAGCCAGAGUAAGCCAUCCCUCUUUCAGUUGGUUUCUCUCAGGCAUGUUGACAUCGAGAUGAAAAUCUAACUAAUACACACAGAUCUCUUUUAGUUUGCAGUUUGUGUACGCGUUCACUUACAUGCAUCUGCGUGGAGCUCUGUGCCGUUUCAUCUCACAGUAGAAUAUCGAGCUGUCCUAGCAUCAUAAGGACCUCCCUCUUGUGGCUUCUUCCAUUCUGCCCCUCCCAUCCCAUUCCUGUCUCCUGGAAGCCAGUGCUAAUGUAUUUGCCAUGCCCAGUUUUGUCAUUUUGAGAGUAUCAUAAAAAUGGAAGCAUGAUAUAUAAUAUUUAGAAUCUGGCUCUCUUCACUAAGCCUUUGAGAGCUAUACAAGCUGUUGCACUGACUAUUUCAUCUUUAUUACUGAGUAAUAUUCUAUUGUCUGAAUAUAUGAUAAUUUAACCAUUUGUCCAUUGAAGAGUAUUUGAGCUUUCCCCCUCAGCAUAUAUCAUUAUGAAUAAAGUCACUAUAAGCAUUCG